AUGAUUCCUCCCAAAGUUUACGCCCUUUGUACAGGAAAAGAUACUGUCUCGUCGUUGGUCGAGCAAAACCCGUCAAUGGCGCCUGGCGAUGCGUGGAAGAAGCUCUAUGGCCACCACCCGAUUGGAAGCUCUGCUCUUCGUGAACAGCAUAAACCGAUAACUGCAGAAGACAUCGAGCAAGCGAGGAAAUGUGGCAACUGGGGCGAAACUCAACCCAGCGACCUGUUUCUGACGCUUUACCACGACGCCCUCAAUGCUUUGGAACACGAUAUCGGCUGUGGUAUGGUCAGCCCCCCGCUCAUGGGCUCCUCUGGGACCGCUCCGCUGUCUGUCAUCUCCGUCGUUCCAGACAUCAUGCGCCAUAUGUCCAACUUACUCGUUCGCGCUGAAAGCUCGUGUUUCCUUUGCACGAACUACUGGCAAAACUCAACCGCGUCAAAGUACAUCACGAAUGCGUUGAGGGAGCUGUCCCGGCGCGCGGGAGAGCGCGGUAAGCGCGUCAUCGUCAAGUUGGAGUACGAUCGAGGUAGCCCCAAGCAAUUGUUCGAGCCGCACUAUGUUGUGUCGCCAAAGGAGUACACGGGAAAGAAUGUCGGUCUUCCUUCACCAGAAGAAAUCCCCAACAUCGACCUGCAAGUCAUCAACUACCACAAGCCUUUACUAGGAACUUAUCAUUGCAAGUAUAUGAUUGUGGAUCGCAAGUAUGCGCUCUUGCAGAGCAACAACAUCCAAGAUAACGAUAACCUCGAGAUGAUGAUUCAUCUCGAAGGACCCAUUGUCGAGUCUCUAUAUGACAUGGCACUGAUUUCAUGGCACCUGCCACUUGCUCCGCUGAUGCCCAGCAACGAAGACGCCGAGUCUGACGAUGAGCCUGACCCGGCAGGUGACGAGAAUCGGACAGAUGCUGAGACUGGGCCAACCACUGUCGAAAGCGUGGUUCAUCCGGUUUCGAGCUCGCAAAUGAAUGAAGCCGUGCAGGCUGAUAUGUCUGGAGCUGCCUCCCAAAGCAAAUCCAAGGGGCCCGAUGAGGCAACAAAAGCAUGGCUUGCAUGUGGUGUGCAAGCAAUUGGAAAGGCACAGAUCGCCCACCCUUCUCCGGAAGACUCGCCACUCCCAGAACAUACCACAAAUGAUCCACACUACGACGUGGACAUUGCUGGCGAGAUAGCACGCGUUCAGACCGCUGUUUCCCCUAAACCAAGCCUCACGCGUAUGGAGGCUGUAACUGCGCAUCUCAACCACACGAAGAAUCCGGGCUUCAAGGGGACGGCGCCCGACCGUGGGCCUGGGGAGGAGUUCACGCCAUAUCUCGCCCACCCGACACGUGACCCAUUUCCGAUUGCGCUGGUCUGUCGCGCGCCAUACGGAACACCCAACCACGAGUCAGUGUGCAACCCCCAGAACGAAGUCUGGCUGUCAGCGCUGCGAAAUGCGAAAAAGAACGUGUUCAUCCAGUCGCCCACUUUGAAUGCGGCCCCGCUUGUCCCCGCUAUUAUCGAUGCUUGCGAACGCGGUGUUGACGUGUUCUGUUAUAUUUGUUUGGGUUAUAAUGACACGGGCGAGCUGCUGCCGGGUCAGGGAGGCACGAAUGAGAUGAUUGCUCACAAGAUGUACUCGACGCUGUCUGAGAAGGGUAGACAACACCUCCAUUAUUAUUGGUAUAUCGGUUAUGACCAAACUGCACCUAUUGUGGCCAAGAAGAAGAAGCGGUCUUGCCAUGUUAAACUGAUGAUUGUGGACGAGCGGAUUGGAAUUCAAGGGAAUGGCAAUCAAGACACACAGUCAUGGUAUCACUCGCAGGAGAUUAACGUGAUGCUGGAAAGUCCCGAAGUUUGUCGCGGGUGGAUUGACGGCCUUCGGCGUAACCAGAGCACACAUUUAUAUGGAAUGCUCGACAAGACAACUGGAAUUUGGACAGACGAGAAUGGAAACCAAGCAGCUGAUGUUAUUGGUGUUGACCCAGGUAAGUUCAGCUGGGCUAAGGGAUUCGCUGGCGCAAUAGCUCGCGUGAGGGGAACUGGGGACUUUUGA